AAUGUUGUCGAAACGCUGCUGCUCAAUGGCGUUAAUCCAAACAUAAGUGAUGAUCACGGUAUCACGCCUUUGCACGUCGUCUCUGUUCGCGGCAGAUACGACCUUGCCCGGCUGCUGCUCAGGUUCAAUGCCUUGGUCAACAUUACGGAUUCAUGGGGGUUUACACCACUCGAAAGGGCAUAUUCUGCCGGAAACAUUCAGCUUGUUACGAUGCUCAUUGAUCGUGGCGCAGAUGCAAAAGCAUGGAUGUUGGGUGGAGAGCCACCCCUGGCAAGAUGCAUAUUUGACGGGAAACUUGACAUGUUCAAGGCGUUUCUUCCAUUUGCAGACAUUAAUCAGACCACGAUGCUUGGAUUCGCGCCAAUCCAUCUUGCAAGCGAUGGUGCCGUCGACCAAGGCGAUGUUGAAACUGUGUCCAUUUUACUGGAGCAUGGAGCAGACAUGAGCAUCUAUCUCACAUCCGGCGAAAGAGUAUCGCCCUUGCACAAGGCAGCCAGGAAAGGCAAUGUCGAGAUGUGCGAUAUCCUGCUAAAGCAUGAGCCGAAGCUUCUCGAUCUCCAGCUGGAAAAGGGAUUCAUGAUUGAAUCGCCCCUCUUUGCGGCAUGCCAUCGGAAACAGAAAGCUGUUGUCCGCUUUCUCCUGGAUAAGGGCGCCAAAGUAGACCAAGUCAGCCACUACUACAAGGAAUCUCCGUUAUUCACCGCCUGUGAUGUGGGAGAUUUGGACAUUGUCAAGAUGAUCCUGGAAGCUGCGCCUCAUAUGAUCAAUGUCCCUACAGUCUUCUACUGCACUCCCCUCGCAUUUGCUUGCAGCCAUGGCAAUCUCGACAUGGUGAAGCUCUUGAUUGACGCCGGAGCCGAAAUGUAUCUUCCAAACGGCUCUGGCACUACA